CAUAGUAUCACCUUCAACUCCAAACCACAUCCAACCUCCAAAAAACCAGAGGAAAAAAAAAUGGUCUGCUCAAAAUGCCAAAAGAAACUCAAAUCCACCGAGCUAGCGACCCCAGGCGUCAAACGCAGAAGUGAGAUGUACUAUGGCUCGCCCUCAUCGACCGGUGGCGGGGAGAGCAGUAAGUCUAAGUCCAAGCCCACGAUAGGGAAUACGGGUAUUGGGAAGAGUAAAUUGUUGAGUUCGAAGGCGAAGAAUCCUUAUGCGGCUUAUUCGUCUGCUUGUGAGUUAUGCAAGACGAAGACGGAGCAGGGGAAGAAGUAUUGUCAGCGGUGUGCUUAUCAGAAGAAUGCUUGUCCGAUGUGUGGGAAGAGUAUGGCUGGGAAGACUUCGAAGGAUCAGCCUGUUGUGCAAGGACAGAAGUUUAAUCUGAAGUAAUGGAGUGGUACGUGGGUUAAUGUGUUUGAGUUGGAUUUCUUAUAUUCUUUUGUUGGGUGUCUUCAAGUUGUUUACAUAUGGUAUGGGCUAGACUUAGUAUCUUGCAUGGCGUAUUGGGUGUUGUGGAAGUUGCUUCCUAUUCCAGAGCACGGUGAAGGAUGAAUGAAUUGAGAAUAACGAUGUGAUAAAUUCAAAAGCUAGUUAUACAUGA